GAAAGCGCCAAUUUAUAAAGUAAGAAGUCAAUUGUUGGUGAUUCUUAAUUUCUUACCAUUUCUAAAUUCCAUGUAAUAGUCAGCAACUAUUUUCUUGUAAUAAAGAAACAGCCUACUUGUUCUUCUUUUUUUCUUUUAAGUAUUCUCCUCCCAAACUUUCAGAUCUAAAUCACCCAAUCAAUCUCUUCUUUGUUUCAGUCUGACAAAUUUCCCAGUUAAAAGGGUCUGAUUUAUUUGUUGAUUUGUAAACAAAUACUGAUAUGGGGUUGGUGGGUGCCCAAGAAAAUGGGAAGGGAGAAGCUGACGUGUCAUUGGGAGGGAAGAACAAGUACAGGAGAAUGAAUUCUGAGCUCACUGAUGAUUUUGACGAUCAGAAUAAUGAACAACAAGAUAGAAGUAAAAGCUGUAGAAAGUAUGUUCUUGCUUGUGCUAUUUUUGCCUCUCUUAAUUCUGUUCUUCUUGGCUAUGAUGUAGGUGUGAUGAGUGGAGCAAUCAUCUUUAUCCAAGAAGAUUUGAAUAUAACCGAGGUGCAAGAAGAAGUUCUUGUCGGUUGUUUGAGUAUUUUAUCUCUUUUCGGUAGUUUAGCCGGAGGAAAAACCUCCGAUGUUAUCGGUAGAAAAUGGACUAUGGGUUUAGCUGCUGUUGUGUUUCAAAGUGGGGCAGCUGUAAUGACAUUUGCUCCUUCAUUUCAAGUGCUGAUAAUAGGGCGGUUUUUAGCAGGAAUUGGGAUAGGGUUUGGAGUGAUGAUUGCCCCUAUUUAUAUUGCUGAGAUAUCGCCGAGUGUUGCUAGAGGAUCACUCACUUCAUUCCCAGAAAUUUUUAUAAAUCUCGGAAUUUUACUUGGUUAUGUUUCGAACUAUGCAUUUUCGAAUCUGUCUGUGCAUACAGGCUGGAGAGUAAUGCUUGCUGUUGGAAUUUUGCCUUCAAUCUUCAUCGGAUUUGCACUUUGCAUAAUCCCCGAGUCACCAAGGUGGCUGGUGAUGCAAGGCAGAGUCGAAGAAGCAAGAAUAGUACUCUUGAAAACAAACGAUAAUGAUAGAGAAGUGGAGGAGAGACUUGAAGAAAUACAAAAAGCUGCAGGAAAUGGUGGUGAUGAUGGUAAGUAUGAAGAGAAACCCGUGUGGCGCGAAAUGCUAAACCCUUCGCCUGCACUAGGCCGUAUGCUUGUUGUUGGUUUUGGAAUUCAGUGCUUCCAACAGAUCACAGGAAUAGACGCCACAGUUUACUACAGCCCGGAAAUCUUCCAAGGAGCCGGAAUUAAGAAUAAAACAACUCUUCUCACAGCAACGGUUGCUGUGGGGAUUUCAAAGACUGCUUUUAUAUUAGUUGCUAUAUUUUUAAUUGACAAGCUUGGAAGAAAGCCAUUGCUUUAUAUAAGUACAAUUGGAAUGACUAUUUGUUUGUUCAGUCUAGGUGCUACACUCACUUUCCUUGGAGAAGGACAGAUGGGGAUUGCUCUGUCGAUUUUAUUCGUUUGUGCGAAUGUAGCUUUCUUUUCAGUGGGAAUCGGUCCAGUUUGUUGGGUUUUGACAUCAGAAAUCUUUCCGUUGAGGCUCCGCGCACAAGCAGCAGCACUUGGGGCGGUGGGAAAUAGGGUGUGCAGUGGAUUGGUUGCAAUGUCAUUCCUAUCCGUUUCGCGUGCAAUUUCCCUGGGCGGAACUUUCUUUAUAUUUUCUGCAAUUUCAGCACUUUCUGUUGUGUUUGUUUACACACUAGUCCCGGAGACGAAAGGAAAGUCAUUGGAACAGAUUGAGGUGUUAUUUCAGAGUAAAUAUGAUUGGCGAGGAGGUGAAGUUGAGCUAGCAGAUGUUGAGCAUCUUGUGCAAAAAGAGUGACCGGAAAGCUUGGCGGAAAGUAGCAGACAACAACUGCAUUUGCAGUUUUGUGUUUGCAGUCGGAUUGUCUGAAGACAGCUUUGUAUGUGUACAUGUAUCCUUACAGGGUUGUUUUCAUGAGAAUUGCAUUAGAGAAGUGUAGAAUGAAAUGUUAGACAGACUGAUUUAUUGUACUAUUAUUUACUGGAAUUUUUCCAUGAUUAUAUUGAAUGAAGCUCCAUACACCAAGAAA